AUGUCCAGCAAGGAGGCAACCGGCAAAAGAGAGCCUCCAUCACCAGCGGGCACGGUCAGCAGUAGUGGUGGUGGCGGUGUUGAGUCAGCGAGAAUAGAAGCUGAUAAAUUCGAGAUGACUUCAAUUCAAAAGGCUGUUGAAAUCGUCCGUGAGGUGCCGGCUGAUGCACCCGAGGAGCUAUCGAGGCGGUUGCUGGCGGCCUUAGAGGAGUCUCUAGACAUGUGCAUUGGCGAGCUGGCUAAGGAAGGAUCUUCGAAGACCACGUGUCGGUGGAGACCUAUAGUGCCCAUAUCGGACACUUACCUUAGUCUGAUGCCAGCCCAAGGGUUAGCUAGUGCGGUCGAGGUCAAGAUGGCAGCUACUGGGGACUCCUCCUUUACUUUGCAAGUUGUGAUGGUAUUAAGUAGAGCGCUGGACAGGUUGGACUCAUCGAGGCCUCAAGAUUGGGCCACUCGGGCUAAGGCUGCGGGGUCAAUCGAGGAUAUUCUCCCGAUGGACCUCAAGGCUCUUUGCCACGUUUACAGGACGCCUUUUAACGGGCAUUGGACUACCAUCGAUGCGUCAUUGGCUGCCCAGAAGGAUCCAGAUGCGUCCAGCGUCAGCGAGGAGGAAAUGAAAAACCUUUGGGAACUGUGGGAGCGCAUAUGGCCUGGCGAUACGAAAAACUUAUCGGAAAAAGAAAAGAAGGAUUGCGUGGUUGAUCUGAUGAAAGCGAGAGCGUUCAUAUCGCAAAUACAGUAUGCACUUCGUCAAAUGCCAGAACGGCCACAGGAGACCUCGGGACCGUUUAAGACGCCUUCUGAUGUCAAGCAACUCACAAACGACCUCCGCAACGCUGUGUAUUCCGUUUUACAUGUUACUAAGCCCGGGGCAGUAGGAGAGCCUAAUGCUAUCAAGCGUGCUGACGUCCCUGUUGAAUUUUCUGUCCAAGCUGCGAGUCUUCCGGAGCUGGCCUUGGCCCUCACAGACUAUACGGUGAUGCGGCGGAUGGCAGCACAUAUUCUCAUCAAAGCCCAUAGUGCUUGCAACCGUAUUUGGGACUGCAAGAGGGACACCCCGGACUUCCGAGCACAGCUGCAACACCGAAGAGAAGUGUUCCAUCCAGUCGUUGAUCUACGCCGUAUGAUCCACAACGUAUUCGGGUCGAGUUUCUCUAGUCUAGCCGACUACCUCCUGCGGAAGGAGACCCAUUGGUUGGGCUGGAAAGGCAUUGCUGUGAGCAAAGAAGUUUGCGGUCCAUUUUUGCACUCCACGCACAGGGAAAGAUUCGGCACGCCCUGGCCACCCUCGUGUCAAACUAAGGCUGAUGUCGUGAUCGGUGAUGAUACAUUACCAACGAAGAGGAAGAGCGCUGACCGAUCCAGUGAGUCUCCCUCUCCUCCUCCCUCGAAGAGAACGCGACAUAGUAAGGCUGUCCCUAGGCAUGUCGAGAGGAUGUUGCAGAUGCUACAUGAAGCGGCGGAUGCUUCGGCUGUCUCCCCGUACGCGCCCUCCCCCGAAAGUAGUCCGGCUGGCAGUGACGAGGAAGUAGAGGAGGAGAGUCAGUGUGAAAAGUACAUGAAUAAGGUGAUGCAACACGACGAUCCUGAGGAGGGCAUUGAGGAGGACUAUCGCUGCUACAACAACAAAAUAUUCCAAUGGCAGCUACGGAGGAUGCUGGCCCGAUCGCACAUUGAGUGCUAUAACAAGAAGGCUGCGCCGGUUAGCAAUGACGCUGCUAAAGAUGAGCUUAUCGAACUCGUGCCCAAGCGGCAGAAGGCCACCGAGAGGACUCCUUCUACUACGGCUAGGAAGGAUGAUAAGAAGCGGUAUCGCCACGAACUAGCGGUUACAGCAGAAUAUCAGGACACGGCGAACGCAACAGCACUCACCAACAGGGCGAAGUUGGAGCUGAUGGAGCUUACGUCGCGUCAUGUUUCUGAUGGGCGAGAUGACACUGAGAGUAGCAGCUUAAAUUCUGAAGCUGUUUUCAUAGACCUCACAGUGCCGGUGAGGUCUGCAAAGGCGGAGCUUAUGGCAAUCCCAGGGACGAGUUCGGAAUUCUCUUACGAUGUGUAUAGUUUGCAAUCUAAGGAGGAAGAAGUAUUACGGGAGAUUGUACGGCCGGAUGAGAAGGGGUCGCCACUUGAUGCAGCAGCAGAUGAGGAUAAGGAGAGGAAGGGAGGACGGGUGCAGCAAGAGGAAGAGGAAGAGGAGGCAGUGGAUGUGGAGGAUUACACCUCCUCCCCCUCCUGCCUCCCCUCCGGUUCAUCAACUACCAAGGACACAGCCUACCCAUCUAGUCAGCCAGGAGCUGCUGCUGGUGGCAUCGUCGUCGUCGUCGUCUUGAACUAG